GCUUUUAGGAAUGUCGAAUUUAUCAUUGAGAAGUAUCUUGGAUACAUGCAAGCUUACUGGACCAAACUUUCUGGACUGGGAAAGAAAUGUGCGUUUAGUUCUUAGACAAGAAUAUUGAGUAUGUGUUAGACACACCGAUACCCAAGAUUCCUGAUGCCAACUCUCUUGAGUUUGCCACGUUUGACCUGAUUGCUCGAGAGAAACACGUCACUGAUGCUAAAACUGUGCAAUGUGUUAUGUUGGUUGCAAUGUCUAUGGAGUUGCAAAGGCAACACGAUAGGAUGAGCGCCUUCGAGAUGCUUGACCACUUGAAGAGUCUGUUUGAUUCGGAAAGUCAGACUCUAGAGUAUGAACUUCUGGCAGACAUUUUCAAGUGUAGGCUUCAAGAGGGUGGCAACGUGUCUGAGCACGUCCUCAAAAUGAUUGGCUUAAUUGAAAGAGUUGCUACCACCGGAAUUAAGUUUGAGGAUCGUGUCUCAGCUGCUAUCAUCCUAUAUUCGCUUCCGAGUUCAUUUACUAACUUCAUUGUGAAUUGUAAUUUGAACAAAACGAAAGCGACCAUGCCUGAACUCCAUAACAUGUUCAAGUCUUAUGAAGCCUCAACCUCUAAAGGAAAGAUUGUUCUUAUGGUAAGCUCUAAUGCUAAGUCUCGUUCUAAGAACAAGAAUAAGCAAAAGAAGAAAGGUAAGGUUGGACCAACUCCUACAGCUCUGAAGCUUAAAGGUGGAGGUCAUAUGAAGCCAAAGGUUGCAAAGGAUGUUUGCCUCUACUGCAAAGAGAAGGGACAUUGGAAGAGAGAUUGUGAGCUGUAUAAGGCUAAUCUAGCCAAAGCACCGGGUGCUUCGAGCUCGGAAGCUUGAGAAGCAGUGUAGGAGUUGGACUGGGUAAAUUUGACCUACGCGUGAAGGCUGGAGCAAAAGUUGUUGCUAAACGUGAUAAGAUCUUAUAGUUUAGAUUUGCCCAGUGGUUUUAUAUUAGAAUUAAAUAAUUGUUAUUUU